CUCGGAGAGGCGCACGCGAGGAGGGAUUUAUCAAUCCAACUAUAGGUCUCUUCAUUGAACAGCUGGAGAAGUCCGCAGAUGCUCUAGAAGAUUACGGUAUUUCAGUUGCUAAGGUAAAUUGUACUAAUGAACACAUAGCAAAGUACUGCACUGGAGAGAAGCUGAUGAAAAAAGUUUAUUUGUUCAGGGGUGGCAAUGUCCUGAAGAGUUUCGACACAGACACCGUCUUCGACGUGAACGCCAUAGUGUCUCACGUUCUCUUCACUGUGCUUUUUGACGAGGUGAGGUACGUCCAUACAGUUGCUGAGCUACAGUCAGUGGAGAGGGCAGCUAAAGGCAAGGCUGACAUUGUGCUAGGCCAUGUCCAGGUCUUGGGCUUACCAGAGCACCGAGCGUUGAUGGAGACAGCGUUUGUGUACGGAGUCAAGUACCAGUUUGUGCUGACCACAGGAGGCCCAGUGCUGACGAACAUGGGGGUGGAGGAUAUUUCAUCUCUCACAGCAGGUCUGUGGUUCCUGCACUGUAAGGGUGCACCCCAAUCCCAGCACUCAGACCCCUGUCCACACACGGCCCUAAGGAGAGCCCUCACCACCCUCCACAUCUACACCUUCCUCCAGCUGAUGGAAGCCCCACUGGUGAGUGAGGCCUCAGUGGAGCCCUCAGAGGUGAACAUGGUCCACAGCCACCUCCAGGUGCCCCUGCUCUUCCUCUUCUCUCAGCCCCAUACGGUGGCCCUUGACCGGGUCACUGCCCAAACUCUUGCCUGGAGGCUGAGAGGCCAGGUGGGCCUGGUGCUCAUCCACAGAGAGAGUCCUGAUGUAAAAAUCCCACUGGAAUACAAUGCUGCUUACAGACUACCAGGAGAGGGUUCAGAGGUCAAGUACCUGAUUUUGAACAAUCUAGAGGAGGUUAUCGACCUGUUCAGAGAUGAGAGCACUCCGGAGGAGGAAGAGGACGAUGAUAAUUGGGCCACUCUUGAUGUGCUUGAUGAUGAGGUGGCAGAGUCUGUGUACAGAGACAGGGGCCAGAGUCUGGACAUGGAUGCUGUCACAGAACUCACUGCCGACACGUUCCACAGCGCAGUGGCAGAGAGUGACUACACGGUGGUGCUGUUUUACGUGAAAUGGGAUGCUGUCUCCAUGGCUUUCAUGCAGUCCUACAUAGAGGUCUCAGAAUCCCUAGAAGACGCUGACGUCAGCGACGUGGAGCUUGCUGUGCUGGAUUGUGGGGAGUGGACUGACGUGUGCAGCGCUCAGAAAAUCAGCUCCUUUCCCACCGUCCGUCUGUACUGCCCACAGGAGCCUAGCCAGCCCUACCAAGGCAUGCUGGGUACUGAGAGCCUGAACAGGUUCAUCAUGCUGAGUCGUCUGGUGUCCCCUGUCCUCCUGUCUUCUCCUGAUGAGGUGACAUCAUUCCUGGAGGGGGACCUGUACCAGCGACAUGCAGCUGUCGCCCCCGUCACAGUACUAGGCCUGUUCAGCUCCACAGCAGACGCAGGUCUGUCAGUGUUCAAGGAAGCAGCAAAAGCACUCAGAGGAGAGACGAUGGUCGGGUUGUUUGCUGACAGACAGGCAGAAAUAUGGGCUGUGGAGUAUUCUGUGACGCUGCCUGCCAUUCUGGUGUCACGAGGACCUACCUGCCAAACUGAGGCUCAUUCUCUCAACCUCUCCAUGCCGGACCAACUGGUCACACACAUCCGGAGCGCAUUACUGGAUACAUUUCCGGAAUUGACAGUGGAAAACCUGCCCCUGUAUCUGGAGCUAAAAAAAAAACUUCUGCUGCUGUUUGUGGGAGACGAGGAGAGCGGGAGGAAAGGGAACAAGAGAGUAUUGGAGGAUAUGAGGAGUCUGCUGAACACAGGAUUGCCUAACCCCUACCUGCCCUGCUGGAUCCACCUGGGUCGUACCCCUGCAGGUAAGGCUGUCCUGGAGGCAUACCUGGGUUUCCUGCCCCUGCUCCCUGCCCUGGUGGUCUCCCAGCUGGCCACAGGAGGAGAGGUCUUCCACUACCCCACUGGCAGACCCCUAAUGGUACAGCCCAUUCUGCAGUGGCUGCAGAGAGUGGAGGAUGGUGAAGAACCACCUGCAGGCAGAGCAGGCAACAGAUGGCACACAGACAGCAGAGCUGGGGACAGAUAUGCAGGGACAGACUGGCAGAGACAGGGAGUCUCGGGUGUGAUCGUAGAUGAGAAAUGGAUGCCCUCUAUGCCCUUCUACGACUUUCUGUCCGUCAUGGACCAGGAAGUGCCGGGCUAUGCCUCCCAGAGGAGCGCUAAGACUAAAACAAGCCGGAUUGAGAGAGCAGAGGGAGAGAAAGAGAAGAGCAGUGGUGGUGGUGAAAGACAAGCCCGAGCUGGAGCACACAACCCCCAAGGGUCACCCACCACCAAGCCUCCACAGACACCUCACCACUCUGAGCUAUGAGGGGGCUAGAGCAGCAGCCCUGACUUCUGAAGGCUGGAGGAAACCAAUGACAGCUUAGAUCAGAAUCACUUCUAACAGAUAAGCUACACUGAAGCUAUUAGAUAGUGAUAGCUUUAUGGGCUGUGAGAUCCACUGAGCCUCCUAGUAUGUGGUUUAGCUGUUUUACAGUGCAUUGGGAAAAUAUUCACACCCCUUGUCUUUUUCCACAUUUUGUUACAUUACAGCCGUAUUCUAAAAUGGACUAAAAAGAUCCUCAUCAAUCUACACCCAAUACCCCAUAAUGACAAAGCAAAAACAGGUUUUUAGACAUUUUAGCCACACA